GCAGUCAAGCAACUGAGCUCGUGAGCAUAUUAACAGCUCACAUAUAUUUUUUAGUUUAAUAUUGUAUAGCAUCUAAAUUGAGCGAAAGUUUUCAGGUAUUUAAACAAUGGCGUUACCGGCAGCUACGGAUUCCAUUUUGGUUACCAAAAAUGCCUACUAUAAUUUCUUGCGCGAAUACUGGUUUAAUAAUCAGAAUGACAAGCUCCUUGGAUCAUCUGCUAAGCGUGUGGUCAGCAAGGCUUCCUUGGCUUGGCACAGUUUGAAUGCCGCCCAGCGUUCGCUCUUUGAAGAGGGUCCUUAUGUAAAAAGUUGCCUGGCUGUUGAAAUGAUGUUAAACAGAUUGGACUCACAUGGUGUUGCAAUGAUGUCACGUGCAACGGGCAGGUCAAAGCCUGUAAAGCGGCUCUUGAAAAAUGCUCCAAAGUCAAUUUCGACGAUCCAAACGCGUUCACGUACUAAAAAGCGUGCUCAGGCUACAAUAUUCUUUAAACGUCGUUAGACUCUCUUGAUGCUGCUGACUUAAACUAUAAACGAUUGUUUUUUAUAUUGUGUUGUUCUAUUGAUAGCAUAUAGGACAUAUAGGAGCAAAUUUCAAACGUCACAUUUUUCCCUAUAUUUAUUAUUAAUGUGUUAAGCUUAAGCUUAAUUUUUUGUUGUCGUCACUCCUCUAAACUCAAAUCAAUAAACUCUUUGGACUAUUUUGGUGGGCUCCAAACAGCACA